AUGGUAGGCACAGCAGAUGCGGGCGUCUAUAAACCAGACGUGGUUAAACAACCAUCUGAUAAAGAAUUUGUGAAGGGUGAUCCAGAGUGGGUGGCUGUGUUCUUUAAAUACAUGACUCAGGUGUUGGCAGAUGGUAGAUUUACUGGAAUCCCCUUUGAUGUGAUUGGUGGAGGUUUGACAGGAGCUGGAGAGGGCCUGAGACGUUUACAGAGAGGAUAG